CUGCCGCUGCUGCUGGGGCUGCCGGCGGCGGGGCGCGCCGCCUCCAAGGCGCUGGUGUGCCAGGAGAUCACGGUGCCGAUGUGCAAGGGCAUCGGCUACAACCUCACCUACAUGCCCAACCAGUUCAACCACGACACGCAGGACGAGGCCGGGCUGGAGGUGCACCAGUUCUGGCCGCUGGUGGAGAUCCAGUGCUCCCCGGACCUGCGCUUCUUCCUCUGCAGCAUGUACACCCCCAUCUGCCUGCCCGACUACACCAAGCCGCUGCCCCCCUGCCGCUCCGUCUGCGAGCGGGCCAAGGCCGGCUGCUCGCCCAUCAUGCAGCAGUACGGCUUUGCCUGGCCCGAGAGGAUGAGCUGCGACAGCCUGCCGGUGCUGGGGGACACCGAGGUGCUCUGCAUGGGCUACAACCACACGGAAGCCACCACCCUGCCGCCUUUCUUCGGGAAGCCCACGCGCCCGGCCAAGGACACGGCCAAAAACCUGACGCCGCUGGGCGGGCAGCGCCCCUCGGGAACAGACUGCGGCCGGACUUGCAAGUGCAAAGCGCCCCUGAUCCCCAUCUCCAAGGAGUCCCAUCCGCUGUACAACCGCAUCAGGACCGGGCAAGUACCCAACUGCGCCAUCCCCUGCUACCAGCCCUACUUCACCCAGGAUGAGAAGACCUUCGCCACCUUCUGGAUCGGCCUCUGGUCCAUCCUCUGCUUUCUUUCCACCUCCACCACUGUGGCCACCUUCCUCAUCGACAUGGAACGCUUCAAGUACCCCGAGCGCCCCAUCAUCUUCCUCUCUGCUUGCUACCUCUUCGUCUCUGUGGGCUACAUCGUGCGGCUGGUGGCAGGGCACGCCAACGUGGCUUGCAACCCGGAGCACCACCACAUCCACUAUGAGACCACCGGUCCUGCCCUCUGCACCGUGGUUUUUCUUCUCCUCUACUUCUUCGGCAUGGCCAGCUCUAUCUGGUGGGUCAUCCUGUCCCUCACCUGGUUCCUGGCAGCCGGCAUGAAGUGGGGCAACGAGGCCAUCGCUAGCUACGCACAGUACUUCCACCUGGCUGCCUGGCUCAUCCCCAGUGCCAAAUCCAUCGCUGUACUGGCACUCAGCUCAGUGGACGGUGACCCGGUGGCUGGGGUUUGCUAUGUGGGCAACCAGAGCCUGGAGAACCUGCGGGGCUUCGUGCUGGCACCGCUGGUGGUUUAUCUCUUCACCGGCAGCCUCUUCCUGCUGGCCGGCUUCGUCUCGCUCUUUCGCAUCCGCAGCGUGAUCAAGCAGGGCGGCACCAAGACUGACAAGCUGGAGAAGCUGAUGAUCCGCAUCGGCAUCUUCACGGUGCUCUACACCGUACCUGCCACCAUCGUCAUUGCCUGCUACAUCUACGAGCAGCACAACCGGGAGGCCUGGGAGCGGGCACAGAACUGCUCCUGCCCGGGGGAUUCCCACCGCCCUAAGCCCGACUAUGCCGUCUUCAUGCUCAAGUACUUCAUGUGCCUUGUGGUGGGCAUCACCUCCGGCGUCUGGAUCUGGUCUGGCAAGACACUCGAGUCCUGGAGGCGCUUCACGGCUCGCUGCUGCCAGGCCAGGAAGCCAGCGGGCGCCUCCAUGUACGGCGAGGCCAGCCCGGCGCUGGCGGGCAGGACGGUGCUGCCCAGCAUGGCCUCCUACCACAAGCAGGUCCCACUGUCCCACGUGUGACCGGAGGGAGCCUCGGUGACCCCAGCCACAGGGAGGAGAGGGUAGCAAAGACCCCGGGCCACUGACGGUGGGGGUGGCAGCUGGGCCACCUCUGGCAUCCUCAGCCCCAUCAUGGCAGUGCUGCCCGGGACCAGGCGUGUGCGCCCACGGGGCACGGAGCAGGCGCAGCCCCAGGCAGGGCAGGAAGAGGUGCUGCCAGUGACGUGGGGGCAGAGGGACAGGGAGGCCUGGAUCUUGGCAUGGCCGUGCAUGCCUUGUUUGGGGUCCCAUGCUCUGUUUGGGGUCCUGGGGUGCUGCUGGCUGCGGGCCGGUCAGGUGGCCGGCCCGCAGGCCCCUUGAGCCCGGUGGCAGGCCCCUUGAGCACUGAUUUGUGUUCCACAAUGAGCUCCUGGUCAGGUCUUGGUGAUGCUGGGAUGAAGGGGAGAGCUGCAGCAGGCAGGGCGCGUGGUGGUCCCUGACCCCCAGUGAUGCAGGCACUGGCACUGAGCCACUCGCCAGAGCCCAGGGGGCUGGGAGGGGGCCAGGGAGAGCUGGCAUGGGGGGGCUGCCUCCCUGCUGUGCUGUGCCUGGGCUCCCUGGGCAGAGAGGGACUGUACCCCCAGUGCCCCCGGAGUGCUCGGGCAGAGCUGUGUGUUGCAGAGGAGAGGGCUGGGGGUCCUGGGGGGCGACGCUGCCGCUGGCCCCACUCGGGCAGCAGCACACGGAGCAGGAGGGAGGGAACCGCACAGGCUGGGGGCUUUGCAGGUGGUGGCGGUGCAGGAGGAGGGGGGUGAGGAGAGGGACUGCCACCCGGACCCUGAGGUGGGCAGGGACAGGGUCCCAGCUGUCUGCAGUGCAGGCGGGGACCUGGCAACCCCAGGGUCCCUUCUCCCCUGGGCAAGCGCGUGUCGGCUCUCCCCGGGCAGGGGGCUUGGGGCCGGGCAGGGGCUGGGGCCAGUGAGAGCCCCCCUGGGAGCCGAGGGACUGCGUGGGUGACAAGGCUGCCGUCCCAGCACGGGCUUUGCCAGGAGCCCGGGGCACUGCUGGCCCUGGCACCGAGAGCAGCCUUUUCCUGGGCUGCCAAGUGCUCUGGGAAGGGGUCGGUGCUGCUCUGAGCGGGUUACCUGGGGUGAGGCGGGUGUCCCUGCCGGCUGUGGCACGCGGUGCAGCGGCUGAGCGUGGCACAACCAGCCCUAGAAGGGUAGUUGUGUUGCUGCAGCAGUGGGUAGUGUGUGCAUGGGGAGGUGUGUGUGUUUCUGAGCCAGCUGGCUUUAGCACUUCUUGCUGCUUUUUUCAAGGCUGCACCCGUUGUGGAGACAGUGCUGGGUUCGAGAGUGAGCAGUUAAUGCAGGGAAACAGCAGAGCGCUCGCACUCCCUUUCCUCCAGCUUCCCAAGCCUUUUUCACUUCCCCAUAUCAGGCAGCAACAGAGCACUGACAGAACUGGUGCCUGGCGUUAAGUGGUGGUGACAGCUGGGUUCCAAUGAGUAGAGUGAUGGUGGGGGGGAACCUGUUGUCAGCUUCACUGGUCGCAGCCAGGUUGAGGGGCUCCGACUGCUGCAUGGGAUGGGGCACAGCUGGUGAGAGGUGGCUGCCUCUGGCUUCAGCCUGCUUGUGAAAGUACCUGUUUCUGGGGUUUUUUUUAUUUUUUUUUUCCCCUGCCCUAAGUGGUGAUCACGUAUGUAGCCACCCAGCCAUUACUUGAGUCCUUUUUGCCUGCCUUCAAGCGUGGCACCGUGACCCGGCUGCUCGAGCACUGGAGAACAACUGCUGGCUUUGCUCCCGCUGGACUGCAAGGAUCCGAGGCUGCUCUCAAAGCCCUUGGACCAUUUCAGUCAAGAAGGUUUCCACCUCGUUUUAAAACCAAAGCCUGGGAAGUGAGGGGGGACGCUCGAGUGGCACAUCUACUGAUAAAGGCACUGCCAAGGUACCGUGUGAGUGUCUCUGGGGUGUUCUGGCUGGAGGAGCCAGCGGUGCAGGGACGGAGGGCUUGGGGCUCGGCAGGGACCGCUCAGCCGCACACAUCAGCACUCUUGUGACAGAGGGCUCUCUCCCUCCGGCGUGUUGCAGUCCUCCAUCAUGGACAGAAUUGCAGCAUGUUGUGUUACAAACUGUAAAUAGUUGUGUUAUAGCCUGGUUUGUACAUACAGAAGCUGUAAUGACUUUUGAUACGGGUUUGGGACAGGUGUGUUCUCAGCAGCGAGGCAGGCCAGGCGCAGAGACGCUGUGGGCAGUCUCCUGCUGUCACCCAGGGCAUUAAAUGAUUCCAACCUGCUCCAAUCCACGCCUCGCCGGGCUCCUCUCUUUCUAUAGUGCCUUUUGUAGAUACAGCUAAACACACAUCAUGCAAUACAAUGAACAAAACCAUGUCAAAGGUGGUGGUUUGUUUUUUUUUUUCAAAGUGCAACUGCCUGUGUAAAGUUGUUGGUUUUUUUUUUUUUU